UCUGGACUCCGGCGUAGUGGUGCAGCCAGCCCCGCACUGCCGCACUGCCGCACCGCACUGCCGCGCGAAGUGCCCGAGUGCGAGUGUCGUGGAGUGCGAGUGCAGUGAUCGUGUGUGCCGCGAGUGCGUGCGUGCGUGCGUGUGUGUGGCGUCAAGAAGGCCGUCGCCGUCGUCAGGAUGGUGCGACACCGCCCCCUCGUCGUCGUCUGCGUCGUCGUGGUGCUGAGCGUGCACCUCGCCUCGGCCGAGAUCGGGCUGAUGAAGAACGCGGGCGGCAAGCUGAAGAACUUUUUCGGAUUUUUAGGCAACAGCCAGCAAUCGGCCAAGCCUCAGCAGCAGGAGACGCCGACGUGCAGCUGCCGUUGCGGGGACAGGAACGACGCCUCGCGCAUCGUGGGCGGCAAGCCCGCCAACGCCAACGAGUUCCCCUGGAUGGUGCGGUUGUCGUACUUCAACCGAUUCUACUGCGGAGGGAUGCUUAUAAACGACCGAUACGUCCUCACGGCAGCCCACUGCGUUAAGGGGUUCAUGUGGUUCAUGAUCAAGGUGACGUUCGGGGAGCACGACCGCUGCAACGACACCAACAAGCCCGAGAGUAGGUUCGUCCUGCGUGCGGUAUCGGGUGACUUCUCCUUCCUCAACUUCGACCACGACAUCGCGCUGCUCAGGCUCAACGACCGCGUGCCCAUCACCGAGACCAUCCGGCCCAUUUGCCUGCCCAAAACAGCGGACGAACUCUACGAGGGCAUCAACGCGACGGCCGCCGGCUGGGGCACCCUGGCCGAGCACGGCAAGCCAUCCUGCGUCCUGCACGAGGUGACCGUGCCCGUCAUGGCCAACGACGAGUGCAAGAAGACCAACUACAACGCCAAGAUGAUCACGGACAACAUGAUGUGCGCUGGAUACGAGCAGGGUCAGAAGGACGCUUGCCAGGGUGACAGCGGUGGUCCUCUGGUCCGUGAGCGAGAUGACAAGAGAUACGAACUGAUCGGCGUCGUGUCAUGGGGCAACGGGUGCGCGCGGCCAGGCUACCCCGGAGUGUACACAAGGAUCACGAGGUACUUGGACUGGAUCCGGGAAAACUCCAAGGACGGCUGUUUCUGCGAGGACUGAUCACAUCCGCCGCUCAUACUGAAAGGUUCAAGCAAGAAGAAGAAUGGGCCGGCAGUAGUAAAGAGCCCCCUUUACUGCCGCUGUAGGGCCCCCGGGCAGCGAGGGGCUUUAGUCAACAGCCCCACUGCAUCUCGCCCGAGCGAAGAACAAGCCAUCGACGGGUGCAAUCAAAUAGAAUGGUGCUUGAGCCCAUGAUAAGCUGUGAUGAACUUUGUCUAACCAGAAGACGCGUGUAGUUGCACGUGCAAGUCUUUAAUUUAUUAGUAAAUUAUCCGCGUUAAUUUAUUUUUCUUUAUUUAUUGUUCGUGAGGAAAGGUAGAAAUUCUAGUUCCCUGUGCGGUGGCAGUCAUAAAAUGUAAAGAAGCUGCACAUGGACAUUUAAAAAUUAUGGCGUCAUAUUUGAUUUCGGUGUAGUGUGUCAUUGUCAUUUCAGCACGUGGUUAAUUUAACAAAAUUUAAUUACCGUAGCUUACUGUUAACUGGCGCGCUCUGGAUCUUAGCAAACAUUAAAAGAAGUUCCAGGGGUAGGUGUUGUACAAUGUACAUAGUGUUUCUUGUUGUAGCAUUGUGUUGUACCUGGAUUUGCUAUAUUGUCAAUAAUUUGACUGUGUGUCAAGGCUGGUGUUCCGUCGCUACGACGGCUCACAUUAUGAAACUGGUAGUCCCACAACUUGCACCCAAAUUUAAAAUUACAUACAUGGCAGAGUGAAUACGAUAAACAGAUUUCAUCGGAUUCGUUUUUUUAAAUGGUGCAUGGCGGGUAUAUUGCAGGUUCACUUUAAGUCUCUGUAUGGCCUCUGUGCGCAAAUGAAUCAACGAAGCAAUUUACAACUAGAAGCCUAGUUAUGUGGAAUGAAUGUUGGAGCUGUGUGCAUGGAUGUCGAGGAAUAGAACUGUGCGUGUGUGUGAGAAAAUUGUGUGAAGAGUGCAGCUGUCUGCGUGACAUGGCCGCCAACCUUUUUGUGUGUGCGAGACUGAGUGAUCCCCAGUGAUAAUUCCUCUCUGUAUUUCUACUGUACCAUACUGAAAUAAAGUCUGA